AUGUGGUUGUGCCAGGUUAUCGAAGAUAGGCCGAAAGUGAAAGCAUCAAGGCCAGUGAAAACGGAAGAAAAGGAAGGCGGUCGCACUAUCUGGCGCAACAUCAUCUGGCUCAUCAUACUCUUUGCUUACUCCUUCAUUGGCGGCGUUAUUUUUAGUGCCAUUGAAGGAGGGCAUGACGAGAGCGAGCUUCUGAGGAAGUACGAGCACGAUAUGAGCAUCUACGUGAAGCAUAAAAUGUAUCAGUUGCAAAUUUUUACGAAACUGUGCGAAAUAGACCGUAACACAUCCUACACCCGGAACGAAAGUGCUUCAGAAGUGGAAGAACAAAAGAUGCAGCUAGUGAGCAAUGCGCUAGGUUGGUAUGAGCAAAUGCUGGGCAUCAGUAUUACGGAACCAGUUAUGGAAGUUUCGAGGUGGAAUAUUUGGGGUGGUGUUUAUUACGCGGCCAGCCUGUACACGACAAUUGGUAAGUGA